AUGUCCAACCCACCCUUCCAAACCGCCCUCCUGGCAGGCGCCCUCGCCGGAACGACAGUCGACCUCUCCCUCUUCCCCCUCGACACACUCAAGACCCGACUCCAAUCAUCGGCCGGCUUCUUCCCAUCAGGUGGCUUCUCCGGAAUAUACCGUGGAAUAGGCUCAGCGGUGGUCGGAUCCGCCCCCGGCGCAGCCUUCUUCUUCUGCACGUACGAGACGACAAAGGACAUCUUGAAGAGGCAGGGAGCGCUGCCCGAGGCGGUGACGCAGAUGAUUGCCGCGAGUUUGGGGGAGGUGGCAGCCUGUGCGGUGAGGGUGCCGACAGAGGUGGUGAAGCAGAGGGCGCAGGCGGGACUGCACGGGGGUUCGUCGAGGGCGGCGCUGGGCGCGAUAUUGUCGCAGUAUUCGACGCGGGGGCUGGGUACCGUGUGGAGGGAGCUGUAUAGGGGUUGGGGUAUAACGGUGUUUAGGGAGGUGCCGUUUACGGUGAUUCAGUUUCCGCUGUGGGAGGCGAUGAAGGCGUGGCGGUUGAAGCGGGAGAAGGGGUCGCGGAAGGAUGUGACGGCCGUGGAGAGUGCUUUGUUUGGAAGUAUAGCUGGGGCUAUUUCGGCUGCCGCUACGACACCGUUGGACGUGCUGAAGACGAGAGUCAUGUUGUCCAAGGAGAGGGUGUCGGUCCUGGAAGUGUUUGGGAGGUUGAUGAAGGAGGACGGUAUCCGGCCGUUCUUUGCUGGGGUUGCACCCAGAGUGACUUGGAUUUCUGUGGGAGGUGCCAUUUUCUUGGGGAGCUAUCAGUGGGCUAUUAAUACCAUGGGCGCCAUUUCAUGA